AUGACGUCGGCCUCUUCACUUUUUGUCCCUAUCGGGGCGGGAGCUUGUCUCCUUGCCGUUAUGACGGCUCUCAUCACUAUCGGAUCCAUCGUCAACGACAUUGACUCGAUGAGAGACGAGAUCCUCUCCGGAAUGACUGAGUUCAAGGUCACCGCCGAUGAUACGUGGGAGCGCCUGCUCACUGUGCAAACUGCCCCAUCAGGAAAGACGGACGCGUCACCGGCUUUCGCCACUUUCGUUCGUGAACGCCGUAUGGCUCGCCAUCGCCGUGAGGAUUAUGGACAAUGCCAGUGCCACGCCAAAUCCGCUGGCUGCCCAACUGGACCCCCAGGACCACCUGGUUUCCCCGGACCUCGCGGAGACCAAGGACCCUCUGGAGACCGUGGACGUGACGGAACUCCCGGAGUUGUCUUGGCUGUCACCUUUGACUUCCCUGGCGGUUGCAUUCAGUGCCCAGCUGGCCCACCUGGCCCACCUGGAGACGAUGGAGCAGAAGGGUUGCCCGGAUUUGACGGUAUGCGCGGAGAGUGCGGAGCUGCUGGACUCGAUGGAGAGUGUGGAGCGCCAGGACCCGAAGGAGAACAAGGACAACCAGGAAUGCCCGGAUUCGACGGAUUCGAGGGACCAACUGGACAAGACGCUUACCAAGGAGCCCCCGGAGAGGCUGGACCACAAGGAGAUAUGGGAGCUCCAGGAGAGGAGGGACAACCAGGUCUUGCCGGAGAGAAGGGAACCGACGGAACUCCAGGAACCGAUGGACCACUUGGACCCUCCGGAAGAAAGGGACAAGACGGACAGAACGGACUCGAUGGACUCCCAGGAAAGAACGGAGACCACGGAGUCGAUGCCAACUACUGUCCUUGCCCACCCAAAUCCAAUGACGCUCCACCACCAGCACGCCCACAAGCGCGACCAGCUCAGCGAGGAGGUCAACAGCGACCCGCACCCACCCCAAGCCACCAUCAACCCCCACCACCACAGCAGAGCUACGGAGCCGCCGCUUCGCCAAGAAACGAGGACGGAUACGAUGCUCCACGUGUCCCACAAGACUACGCACACCCAGCCGCCGCUCAGCGACAAGACUACGGUGGCUCAGCCGCCCCACCACAGUCGGGCAGCUACUACCGCCGUCGUCGCUUCCAG